AUUAAACGGCAAUCUGGUUCUGCGGGCUGUGUUAAAAAUAUCGAGAGCGUCCCGCGAGAAGCGGGACUGUUGGGCGGAUGGCUGGUUGUGGUGAAGUUAGCCACUCUGCUAACAUGCUGCCCACUAAUAAGAAACUGGUUGAGCCUUGUCCCAACAGUGCUCCUUCAUUGUCUGUUCCUGAAUGUGCUAUAUGCCUGCAGACCUGUGUGCAUCCAGUUAGUCUACCUUGUAAACACAUAUUCUGCUACUUGUGUGUGAAGGGGGCUUCUUGGCUUGGAAGGCGUUGUGCUUUGUGCAGACAAGAGAUUCCUGAGGACUUUCUUGAUAAGCCUACAUUACUGUCACCUGAGGAACUGAAAUCUGCAAGUAGGGGAAAUGGAGAAUAUGCAUGGUAUUAUGAGGGAAGAAAUGGUUGGUGGCAGUAUGAUGAGCGGACAAGCAGAGAGCUUGAAGAUGCCUUCACAAAAGGCAAAAAGAGCACAGAGAUGUUGAUAGCUGGCUUCCUCUAUGUAGCAGACUUGGAGAACAUGGUUCAAUACAGGCGUAAUGAGCAUGGACGGCGUAGAAAAAUCAAGAGAGAUAUUGUAGAUAUACCAAAAAAAGGAGUUGCUGGGCUAAGGCUUGAAUGUGAUGCAGCAAAUGUAAAUCUAGCGCGAGAGAGCUCAGCAGAUGGUGCGGACAACAUGGCAGCACUUGGAGCUUCUUCAAGUCAACCUACACCUGUGUUACCAACAAGGCUGCACACAUCCCUCAGUACAACUGCAAGUCAUGCCCUUUCACAUUCUGAUGUUACUUCUUCAUUGGAGAACUCCUUUGCUCAGCUUCAGAUUGGCGAUCCUGUGAUAGGCAGGAAUAAUAUAGGUGAAGGUGAAGAAGGACAGCCUCUAAUUAACGCUAGAAUGCCAGCCCCCAGUGCUUUGCUGGAAGAAUCAGAGCCAAGUGACAGUAAUGACCAUGGAAGUCCUACAUUACAACAUAAUUCACUUCUUGUGCCACAAAGUAAUAGGCUCCCAUUUGGUAAUCCCUGAUUGUACCCCACCUGCAUAGGCACAAAGUACCAGUGUAAGGUCUAAAAGACCUGAUGGACAGUGCACAGUCACAGAAGUCUAAAGCAGUCAGCCAGAGAAAGAAGAGCAAUGUCAUCCUUGUUAUUUCCUUAGUAUGUUUUAGACUUGAGCUCAGACUUAGAAUAUUUGUUUAAAAAAAUUAUUUUUACCAUUAACAUGAAGUAUCUUGCUCUUUGGCCGAAAGACCUGUUUAUAUAUAAUUAUAAUUAAUGGGGAAAAAGAGGCUGUGGCCUAAUAGCUGUUUGCUAAAUGGGAAUGGCAUACAUUGACAUUUUACUUUGUGGUGCUAAACCAAAAGGUACCCUAUGUGUAAUACAUAAAAAUGUUUUGGGGGUCUCCUGAGAACAGUGUAUGACUUGGGAUAUAAAAAAUACUAUAGCCUGUAUGUAGGUUAGAAAUUGUGUUUAACAUAUAGUAAGUGUAACAUUUAUUGUGUUCACUCAGCAUUCCUUCACUGUGCAUUUAACAUGUUGCUUGCCUUGACUGAGUUGUCCUCUUGACAUCUAUUUUCCUUAGAUGUGAAGAGGACAACUGUUUUGUAUACCUGUAAUGCAGUUUUCCCCCAUAAAUGCAGAUGUGCACACUUGGAAUGUUUUAUGAACACAAAAGGCUGUACCCCGAUCAUUUAAAAUUUCAGGGAGAGUAAGAUAAAAUUUACUUACAAAUAAGGCAAUUUACCAAUAAAGUUGCUACGUUGUGUGUGUA